AUGUGCGAAGUGAGCAUAAUAGAACCACAACGUGGACGACUAAGGACACUAGAGGGAGAAACUCCUCAGGGAGCAGAACUGAGCUUGGGAUAUGAAAUACAACUGGAGCAGAUACCCUUGACUUCGGCUCUGUUUCUUUAUUCUGAAAUGAAUCUAUGGUUUUCAGCCGAAAUUUGGAAGGACAAAAGAGUGCCUGGUGAUGGCAAAGAUGCGCUGGCUCUGAGAGCAGCUCGCAAGUUCUUCAUUAUUGAUGCAGAACCGCUGAAUUCGACAACGAAAUUCGUUGCGGACGUUUUGACAAAGAUGAAGCAGCCACCCUAUAACUGCCAAGACUGCACCAGUGUCGAUCCGGCAGUUGCUCAGGUUGGUGAAGUAGCUGAUGCAAUGCUGAUGUACGCUUUAGCGCUCAACAAGUCGAUCGCAAAGGGCAAUCUCAACCCCACAGGUGCCCAAAUAAGUGACUACGCGGUGGGGUCUUUCGAUGGUUUCACGGGAAAGGUCAUCAUCAAUGUGAACAACACGCGUGAUCCCGUUUUCUACGUCUGGGGACUGAACUCUACUGAUCAGCAGAUUGUCAUGAUGAAAAUCGUCGGAACGGUAACAGCGGAAGGUAUCGUGGUGAGUUUAUCUCUGCAGCAUUCAAUUUCAUGUCGGGGUCAAUCUGACCUACGCCCACUUUCAUAG